AUGCAUUGUGAUGCUAGUGCUUUCACAUGGGGGCUCUCAGUGUCCAUCAGCUGCCGGUUUGGAACAGCGUCUCUUGCUGCAGCAAGCAUCCCCAUACCUUUGAACUUCCAGAGAGGUUCUUCAGGAAUGUCAUUAAUAUCUGACACUGAGGGAAGUUGGCAGGAUUCUUCACAUCCUUCCCUCCUACACUUUGGAAUUGAUAAAAGGAGCAAAGAGUUGACAUCAGGUGUACUAUCCACAAUGAGUAAGGCACAUCCACCAGAGUUAAAAAAGUAUAUGGAAAGGAGACUUUCCUUGAAGCUUAAUGGUGGCCGUACAGUGAGUGGCAUCCUACGAGGAUUUGAUCCUUUCAUGAACCUUGUUAUAGAUGAAUGUGUUGAGGAAACAAAGAGUGGUGAAAGGAAUCCCAUUGGCAUGGUUGCUGUCCGUGGCAACAGUAUUGUUCUCCUUGAAGCAUUAGACCGGGUUUUUCACACUACCACAGGUAUGAAUUUGAAAAAAGGUUUUUCACACUACCACAGGUAUGAAUUUGAAAAAAGGUUUUUCACACUACCACAGGUAUGA